AUGCAUGGUGUCCCAGCCGGAUCUUCCACUUCGAAGAAGCAUUGCCCCAAGCAACUUCCUACAGAGGCCAGUAGAGAGCUGGUCAAUCCGGAUGGACUAAUUAGCCAGCAUCCUGAAGCAAAUAAAAGGAAGCUAAGCUCCACCAACUCACCGAGAAUUGACGUGAAAAUGAGUCAAGGUUACAGAACUUACAAAAGAGGAAGAGACAACGUGGAAGGAGAGUACUGCAGGAUAUCUCACCAGAUGACGAUGAUGUUUUUGGAGGAUUUUCGGAUGAUAACCUGGAUUUUCGGUCUGGUCGACCGUGAUGCGAUGAUCUCGGUCGAUCGUGGUCCAUUGCCUCCCGGGUCGGACGGUGCGGUCGUGCGGCCGGAUCGGUCCUGGAGAAGGCCGAGCGAAGCCAAUACCCUUCCUGUCCGGCCGAGUGCGUUCGGCCGGCUGUGGACCAGUCUUCAGUACAAACGUGAUAUCUCCUAA